CACAAAGACAAUAAUCAUCCCCUGUUGCUUGUACAUCCAGAAUAAAUCAUAGAAAAACAGUUUAGAAGAGUUCUUUCUUGCUUUUGUCCAUUGUCCUCUCCAUUGCACCUUUUUAUUUUGUUUUUUAUUUUUUACAACAAAAAGAUAAAUGGUACCAUGGUUCGGCGAUAUUUACAGCCUUUGCUUUAUGGCCUGCGUCCCUUUACCGACUUGCAAUCUAUUGAAAAACGCAACUUUACAAGCACGACCACAACCACAAUCAUACUCGUCUACGAUACAAGUACAUGAACAGGAACAGUUUCAUCAAUGUUUUUUGUAUGGUAGUAAUAACAAUGACUCGUCCAUUCAAGAUCCAGGCACCAUGACUGUAAGCUUGUUGGGGUUCUUUUUCAUCGCAUUCCUAUUGUCUAAUUCACAUCGCAAAUCCUCUGCUGUUGGACGGAUAGAAAUGAGUAUAUUGUUCAUGAUAUAUUCAUGUAUUCUAUUCCUUCAGAUCUUCACGAUCGGUGGCGUUGGCUCUAGUAGUAAAAAGUUUAUCAUAUGGGCUACGGCACUCCAUCUUGGAGCAACGGUUAGUUUUUUCUGGACGCUCAUUGUGAAUGCAUUUAUCCUUUAUCAGUUUGUCGACGAUGGAACGAAGCUUACCACUCGUUUCAUUACAGGAACUAAUCUUGUAUGGAUAGCAGGGACGACAUUCAUGUCGUUGGAUUUGACUAUGGAUAUCACUGGGAAGCAUUAUGGACAAAGCCCAGGACUCUUUUUCCUGACAUUGAUAUUCCCAGCGAUCGCAGUGUUGCUGUACAUGAUACUUGUCACUAUUCUAGUGUUUCGGGUUUUAGAGGUGUACAAGUCACUCUUCUACAUAGCCAUAGCGUCAAUAAUGUUUGCAGCUGGCCAGGUGGUUCGAUUUGGAGUAAGCCGUUCUCUUGUGGCCUCAACUUACGGUCGAGUCAACGGCUCCAUGUUCGGCACUCUAUUGGAUCUGAUCUCAAUUGCAUUACUAUAUCAGUUCUGGAAUAGUAUUACAGAAGGUAAAAGACAUCUAUCUCUUUUUAAUGUUGUAUCAUAG